GACAAGUUGGACGGGUGGAGGCUGAUUCCUUAAUUCACUAAUAAAUGUGCUGACUCUUCUGACCAUCUGCCUACUUGCUCUUUUGAAGUUCGUCCUCAGUGCAGGUCAACAGAGCAGAAACAGCUGUCUCAACAUGGCUGCCUUCCUUCACCACUGCCCCUUUUUCAAGUCUGCCACUAAGCCAGCUUUGAGGAGGUCAAGCCCAUUGCUGUCUCUGGCCAAUCAAUGUCCCAUCAUUACACGUCAGAUCAGCAUUGGGGGGUCAAUUGCCCUGAAGGCUGAGAUGAGCUCCUGCCCUGUCAGUCCUGACCGUCGCCGACUUACCACGCUGGAGCAAAGGAGGAUGUUUGCUCAAACAGCUCCUCAGGUGGCGGAACAGGCAGUAUCAAAGGCUUGUCCUUUUGUCACUUCCCGCAUUGGGAUGGUUCAAGCCUGCCCUGAAGUGCAGGAGGAUGUCCGAGAAGGCAAUAUGAUUUCUCUGUUGAAGGAUUUAAAGGAGUCAAUUUUCCCGAAAUCACCCCAAGAAAACGCAAUUACUCACCUCCUCAAAGACAACAUGGUUGGGCCCAGCUAUGAUUACGACCACUUCUUCUCAGAGAUGAUUGCAGAGAAGAAGAAGGACCAUACUUAUAGAGUCUUUAAGACGGUAAACCGGAGCGUCAGCUCAUUUCCUUUUGCUGAAGAUUACUCUGUGUCUGACCGCGAGGGCUCCCAAGUGUCCGUGUGGUGCAGCAAUGACUAUCUUGGGAUGAGUCGGCACCCCCGGGUCCUCAGCGCCAUCAGUGACGCCCUGUGCAGACAUGGUGCAGGAGCAGGAGGCACCAGGAACAUUUCAGGCACCAGCAACUUCCACGCCUCUCUGGAGAAGGAGCUUGCCCAACUCCAUCAGAAAGAUUCCGCUUUGGUCUUUUCUUCUUGCUUUGUGGCUAAUGACUCCACCCUCUUCACCCUGGCCAAAAUGCUACCCGGUUGUGAAAUCUACUCUGAUGCCGGAAACCAUGCCUCAAUGAUUCAGGGCAUCAGGAACAGCGGAUCCAAGCGCUUCAUUUUUCGACACAAUGAUAGUCAACACCUGGAGGAGCUUCUGCAGCGCUCAGACCCAAAGACUCCCAAAAUAGUCGCAUUUGAGACGGUGCAUUCAAUGGACGGCGGCAUUUGUCCCUUAGAGGAGCUGUGUGACGUGUCUCACCGUUAUGGAGCUCUAACUUUUGUAGACGAAGUUCACGCUGUUGGCCUGUAUGGUGCCCAUGGAGCUGGAGUGGGAGAGAGGGACAAUGUAAUGCACAAGAUUGAUAUUGUGUCUGGAACUUUAGGCAAAGCCUACGGCUGCGUGGGAGGCUACAUCGCCAGCAGCGCUGCCUUGGUGGACACAGUGCGGUCCUUUGCAGCUGGCUUCAUCUUCACUACUGCCCUGCCACCAAUGGUUCUGGCUGGAGCGCUGGAAUCCGUGCGGGUCCUUAAGGGCCCCGAGGGACAGUCUCUGCGCAGAGCCCACCAGAGAAAUGUCAAACACAUGAGGCAGCUACUAAUGGACAAGGGCUUACCUGUGGUCCAUUGUCCCAGCCACAUCAUCCCCAUCCAGGUGGGCAAUGCAGAGCUGAACACCAAGGUGUGCGACACCCUGCUGGAAAGACACAACAUCUACGUGCAAGCGAUCAAUUACCCUACAGUGCCCCGUGGAGAGGAGCUACUGCGCCUGGCUCCGUCUCCUCAUCACCAACCUGCCAUGAUGGAGUACUUUGUGGAGAAACUGGUAGAAGUGUGGAAUGAGGUGGGACUGAAGAUAAGCAACCCUGCGGCUGCUUCCUGCACCUUCUGUGACCGCCCUCUGCACUUUGACCUCAUGAGUGAAUGGGAGAAGUCCUACUUUGGCAACAUGGAACCCCAGUAUAUUACUGUGUCUGCAUAGAGGACAUGGAAUUUUAUCGACGAAAUUAAAAGUGCUCUAAGCCUCUCAAGGCAGACGCUGCAAAUUUGCAACAAUUAAAUGCUAAUCACCUAAUUAAUCGGAAUUCUUAUUUCAUGAACCUUUUUAUAUUCAGAAGCUCCACUUUUUCCUGUUAUUAAAAUUUAAUUUGAGCCUGAGAGGACUAACUUUAAUUAAUUUCAAACACAUCAUGCUUUCUAUGUAUAAAGAAAAAAAUUAACCCUAUCACCAUUUAGGAUUGUUUAUUUUGUGCAUGUUUCAUGCGUGAUUGCUUGCUGCUUGCUAAUAAGGAUAUGAACUGUCUCCUGUACUUCAAAAGUGUAAAUCCUGCACACUGGGCACUUUCUUAUCUAGAUGUGUAGGUUUGAUUUAAAUAAAGUUUUGUGACCACGU